UGAAUAAUUUCAUGAAUUAACAUUUUUAUUAAUUUUAAAAUGGAUAUUCCAAUAGAAGAAGAUAAAUUAAAUCUCGUUUGUAGAAUAUGUCAAUGCAAGAGCAACAAUAUGAAAUUGUUAACGAGCAAAAUGGAAAGUGGCGAUAGGACAAUAGCAGAGGGUCUUUCUUUUAUAUUAAAUCUUUACAUUUCUGAAAGUGAUGCAUACGCAAAACAAGUCUGCGAAGAGUGUUAUACUGUUAUAAUUAAGUUUGAUCAGUUCAAGAAGCGGUGUAUUCAGUCUGAAGGUUCUUUAGACGAUGCUUAUUACACCAAAAGCAACGUUAACAUUCCAAUGAGUCAAGAUAAUAAAUUCAUUAAAGAUGUGUCUAUUACUAAGUUGUGUAUGGAUGAACCUUAUCAGUGUAGUGUUUGUACUAAGAAAUUCUCCGAUUUGCUUCUCCUAGAGUCCCAUGUACUAACUAGCCACAGUUUUGCCAACAACCAACUAAUGAAAGAUGUAAAUUUAACCGAAGCUAUCACGCAAGAUUCUGAUUAUCCAACGAAUACAUCUCUAUACGAUAAUUGUGGGCUUGAAAACGACAAUGAUAUAGAAUUUAAACCUAAAGAUGAGGUUGAUGAAGAAUUUGGAUUUGCAGACAGUAGGGAAGACUUACAAAGUCCAUUACUAGAUUGUAACAUAAAGGGUGAAGCAGAUCAAACAGUGCAAGUUACUACUAAUAAGUCAAAUGUAUUAUAUAAGUGUAAAUGUGAGGCUAUUUUUGACAAUUGUGAUAAAUACAAAGAACAUUAUGACAAGAAAAUGUGCAAGGAUACUUGCAAUAAUGUUAGAAUGACAAGGGUACGUAAAGUUAAAAAGAAAAACAUUGAUGAAAAAGUUGAAUCAGUAUGUCCAAAAUGUAAUGUAAAGUUUAUUUCUAUAAAGACAUAUAAAAUACAUCUCCGUAUGCAUCGAAUUGAAAACAUGCAUUCUACAGAUAAAUUCAGUUGUUCACUUUGUUUAAGAAGAUUUACAUAUAAGAAUUCUUACAUUGCACAUAUGAAGACUCACAAAGUGAAAGAGGGUGUCAAGUUUACUUGCAACACUUGUAAAAGAGAGUUUCAACACCAGGCACAUUUAGAUAACCACAUAUUAUCAGUUCACACUAGAGAAAGCGGUUUCAAAUGUGAAUAUUGUGCUAAAAACUUUUCAACACAAGAAAGUCUAGACAAUCACCGUGAAGCUCAUAAAAUAGAAAAGCGACAUCAGUGUCCUGUUUGUAACAAAGCAUUUUACGUGUUAUCUACCUUAAAGGAUCAUAUACGGACCCAUACUGGAGAGAAACCUUUUCUGUGCUCGGAUUGCGGUAAGGGCUUCAGUCAGAAGAAUAAUUUAACUCAGCACAUGCGGCGACACCAAGGGCUGAAGCCAUUUAAGUGUGAAAAUUGUGAACAGAGAUUUGUAUCAAAAGGCGAAUUGGUAGCUCAUAAUCGUAAGCACAGCGGCGCGCAUCCCUUCGUGUGCGACGAGUGCGGGAACAGCUUUACCACAUCGAGUUCUCUAAGCAAACACCGCCGCAUUCACACUGGAGAGAAACCCUACGCCUGCGACCUUUGCGACAUGAAGUUCACCGCAUCUGGAACUUUAAAGAACCAUCGGCGUAGACAUACUGGUGAAAAACCUUAUCAGUGUUCACAUUGUGAAAAAGCGUUUGCCCAACGACAAGACCUGGUUUCACACAUUCGCUGCCACACAGGUGAGCGCCCCUUCGUCUGUUCCAGUUGCGGCCAAGCAUUCCGCAAAGCCAAUGCUCUCAAAGCACAUAUUAAAAUGCAUGAAAAAGAUACUAUGUUUUUACAAAAAGAUGUUACUUUAUCAAUCAUACAUGGUGCAAAUGCAUUAAUAACAUAGAUUUGUUUUAAAGUGAGCGCACAUCUUAACUUAAAAUAUCGCACAACUGUUGUGCGAUUGUAGAGUGUUUCGCAGCCAAUUCAACUGUUUAGUUGCACAACUAAAAAUCUAGUAGUGUGCAAACCCCCAUAUCAGUUCAUAGGAUUCAAAGCGCGAUUAAUCAGUUGUGCCAUAGCUUAGUCCAAAGUGUGCGCGCACUCUAAAACAAUCAAGUUGCAUUUUUGAUUACUUUUGCCUUCAUAGAUUUUUAAGUAACUAAAACCAGUAGUUCAAUUCAGCAUAAUGUUUUUAUGUAGUCUGUGGUUCAUAUAAAUGUGAAGAAGCAUAGAUAAUGUUCAAUUUUAUUGGUAUUUAAAGUCAAUAUUUGAAAUAAAAAAAAACCGAAUCAUUGUUAUCAUUGUUACAAGGUUCACAUGAACAACGUUGAUCUGGAAAAAUGUAUGUUUGUCCGAUAUUUUAAUUAAUAUACUUCUGAAUUUUGAUAUAAAAUCAUGAAUCCGUUUAGUUAUUAAGUUAUACAUUUAAAUAGUUUAAAUGUAUCAGUGUGGUUUUAUUAAUUUUAUCAUUAAUGGAGUGUUUACACCAUCUUAUGUAUGUAUUAAAUUUUACUUAAUAAUUAAGUUGCAUAAGUAAAUAAUUUUGACCGAAUACAU